AUGUUUAUUGGUACAACAAUGAUAUUAAAAGAAGAUAAAAAUUAGUUAGUAAAUAUUUAAUAAUUGAUAAGAUGUAAAGAGAUGGAUUCAAAUGGAGAUGGGAUCCUUACAAAAGAAGAGAUCCUAGAAACAUAUAAAAAGCAUAUGGAUGAUGAAACAGCAUUAUAGGAAGUUUAAAAGAUAAUGGAUUUAGUAGACAUGGAUGGAUAAGGUAUUAUAGAUUAUACAGAAUUUAUAAUUGCUUCUAUGGAUAGAAAAAAAGCAGUGUAAAAAGAAAAAUUGAAAGAAGUAAUAAAAUAUUAUAAGAUUUUAAAGGCAUUUUAUAUAUUUGAUAAAGAUGCGAAUGGAUCUACAUCAGAAUAAGAAAUUAAAGAAGUAUUGGGUUCAUCAUUAUAAGGAAUUGAUGAGAAAUAUUGGUUAGAUAUGAUAAGAGAAAUAGAUAAAAAUGAUGAUGGAUAAAUCAGUUAUGAGGAAUUCUGUGAUAUGAUGAUGAAGAUUAUUUAAUGA